AUGGUCGCAACAACGGAUAUCUGGCCCAACACGGCAGGCUUCGAUACAGACUACGAGGAGCAUGAACCUGUCGAACUCUCCGUUAAAGGUACUAUCCCACGCUAUGCGGCAGGCGUACUUUACCGGACAGGGCCACUCGGCUACAAGGCGAAGACAGAUGAUGGAAAGAUCUGGGCAGCAAAACAUUGGUUUGAUGGGUUCUCAUGCGUGCAUCGCUUCCAGGUAGACUUCCAGGACGCCAACGGCCCAGCAAAAGUUACAUACCGCUCUCGACGCACAGUUGAUGAGUAUCUCGAGACCGUUCGCAGAACUGGCAGGCUUGACAGCACAACAUUCGCAUCAAAGCGUGAUCCAUGUGAAAGCUUCUUCAGAAAACUCAUGAGUAUGUUCGUAUCAACACCUAGCGAACGUAACGUUGGCGUUACACUGUCUAUCAACAUGCCCGGAAGCGACAAACUCUCCGACGGCACGAAGCCCAGGGCGAAUGGACACACUGGCGGGAUAGAAACUCUACAUGCCCGAACAGAUUCCGCAGCGAUCAAAGAGAUCGACCCAGAGACUUUAGAGCCGCGAGGUUACGCUUCGCAAGAAUCUCUCCAUCCAGAGUUGAAAGGGCCCUUCUCCGCCGCUCACGCCAAGUCCGAUCCUAGGACAGGUGAUAUGUACAACUUCAAUCUCGACUUUGGAUACAAAAGUACCUACCGCAUUUUCCGCGUCUCAGCAUCCUCGGGCGAGACACAGGUGCUUGCCACAUUCCAUGGCACGCCCGCAUAUAUCCACUCACUGUUUCUGUCAGAAAACUAUGUCAUACUUUGUGUCUGGAACAGUCAUAUCACAUGGAGUGGCCUUUCACUCAUGUACAACAAGAACGUCGUCGAUUCUAUCGCACCCUUCGACUCAAACUCCAAAGCCACAUGGUACGUCAUCGAUCGUAGACACGGCAAAGGACUUGUAGCAACCUACGAGAGCGACCCUUUCUUCUGCUUCCACAGUAUCAACGCCUGGGAAGAGCCGUCAGCCUAUGAUCCCAGCAAAACAGACAUCAUCACCGAGCUUAGCAUGUUUGAAAAUCUAGACGUCAUCAAGCGCUUCUACUACGAUAACGUUAUCUCUUCCAUCGACACACCAGACUACCAGGGCGAGAAGCGCAUUACCUGCCUGCCGAUGCAAGCGCAGUUCCGCCUUCCUAGUGUUGAUGCUGGUGUCUCUACUCCAAUGCCCGCUGAACUUGUCUUCCAGGCUGAGAAGUUCAAGUCAAUGGAAUUACCUACCCUUAACCCCGCAUAUCUGACAAGACCUCACCGCUAUACGUAUGGAUGUGCCGACCGUCUCAAAUCCUCGUUCUUUGACGGCCUUGUCAAGUUCGACAACAAGACCCAGGAAGUUAUCUUCUGGGAACAAGAGGGUCAUACGUCUGGCGAAGCCAUCUUCGUCGCUGAUCCCGAAGGCGUGGAGGAAGACGAUGGUGUGCUGUUGAGUGUGGUUCUGGAUGGAUAUGCGGAGAAGAGCUACUUGCUCGUGCUCAGUGCGAAAGAUCUGAAGGAGGUUGGAAGGGCGGAGAUGGACGGACCGAUGAGUUUUGGGUUUCAUGGGACGUUCAAGGAGUCGAACAAAAUGUAUAGAGGUGAUGUGUGA